AUGGCCAUCGCUCCUAUCCUGCACCACAGAAUGCCAUUACCCCUUUUCAUGUUAAGAAAGAGGAAAGUGGUAGAGAACCACACACCACUUUAUAAUAUCGAUUCAACGUUCUUUGAAGCCGAGGACCUGUGCGUUGCACAGGGCGGACAUUUGGCUUCCAUCCAUAGCCAGGAAGAGAAUGAGCCUUCAUUUACUGUAAGCGCAAUUUUUCAAUUGAAGAAGGAAUUCCAGAAAGCCCAAAAGAGAUAUCGGGGGUUGACUACAAACGAACAGCCCGCAACCAAGGAAUCUGAUCAUACAUGGAUAGGUCUAAGAAGAAAGUUGCUCUUGUGGAAUCACCUCGCGGAGAACCAAAAACAAAGUUACGGCGAAUGGGUCUGGACGGAUGGCACUCCGGUGGAUUAUACCGAGUGGGCUCAUGAUCAACCCGACAAUUUGGACAAAGGCGAAUCAUGCGUGCAG